UAGCGGAGGAAUUCAGGCGGACGAGGAAGAGUGCAGAAACCAGGAAGUUCUCGACGCGCUCUGAGUUUUUGAUAAAAGUGUUUAAAGUUUGACGGUUUGUAAAUAUUUAGCCGGUGGAAAUCCGGUGUUUAAUGUGGUGUUUUGCUGCCCUUUACUGAAUCAGCCUUGUCGUUUGGUUUAGAAGAUGGGAGUUGGAGAUCCAAACAGUAUGGAGCAGGGGGCAUCGGCUUCGGUGCAGGAAACGGACCAGGUUAAGUCGUUGCAGUCCCAGGUGGAUGGCGUGAAGGACAUCAUGACUCAGAAUGUGGAGCGGAUCCUGGCACGUGGAGAAAGACUCGAUGACCUGAUGGACAAAUCUGAGGACCUGCAGGCCGGGGCGCAGAACUUCAAGCACACGUCUCAGAAGGUGGCUCGUGCCUACUGGUGGAAGAACGUGAAGCUGAUCGUGGUGAUGGUGGUCCUGGUAGCCAUCGUCGUCCUCAUCAUCGUGCUGCUUGCUACAGGAGUGAUCCCCACAGGUUCCCAGGUUGUCCCCACAAACAAACCACCGCCACCAGGAAAUUAACCCCUUCACACUCGCUCGUACACACAGACCUACACAUCAUACACAGACCUGGAAGCACACGCACACUUAGAUUAGUUUUAAACCAGUCUCACUCAGACCCAGCGCCCCGACCGCCCAACUCACAGGGCACAGAGUUUUAAACAUCAUACAGCCCUGAUAUGUCUCGCAUCAAAACCCUCAGGAGUCAAUCUCCACGAAGAUCAAACAAAACAUCACAAAAUUCCUCAUGUUGAUUUACGAUGAAGCUUGUAGCAUUGAGCUUGUUUCCUGACUCACGUUUAUUCCUUUACAUCAGCAUCUGAUCAUCAGGUUUCCACAAAUCAGUCAAGUUUCUUCACUUGAGUAAUAAAAUGACACACAAUAAUAUGCUGAUUAUUUGUGGAAAAUAACUCCACUCUUUUCUUUCUUGAAACAUCCAAAAUUUUAUAGAAAUACCUACUAAUGAAAUCUGAAUCUGAGGCACAGAUUUCUAAGAUUACACUUUCAAAUGUCUUGAAUUUCACACAGAUCACUGGCAUUGAAGAUUUGCACAAAAUUGUAUGUUGAAAAUAUCUGGAAACUUUAAAUUCAUUAAGUUACAUCUUAAAUAAAAAACAAGUUACAUACAAAAUAAUAGCUGGGGAUUAAAGAUGGUUUAAAAUGAAUGAAUGCACAACAAUUAAAUUCCUUUUUUUUUUAUUCAAUUUUAAGAUUUAAACUUGAAAUAAAAUUUGGAAUUGAACAAUUCAGAAAUUUUUCGUGAUAUCAAGGACUUUAAGGAUUUUUAUUCGAAGUUACAGUUAAAAAAUAUAAAGUUUUAAGAUGAUAAGCGAAAAUUUGACCAUUAAGUGAUGGAAUUUAUAAUGAGUUAAUACCCUUUAAUUAGAUUUGACUGAUUUUAAAACUAAAAUCUGUAAAUGACUCGCUAAUGUUGAAACUUAAAGCUAAAAUUAAGUUGAAAAUAAAUGACUAAUAAUUUGAACACUACAAAAUUAGAAAUUUGAAUUUAAGUACAUCUGGAUUUUUAUUAGAAAAAAUUACAGAGAAUAUAUCUAACUAAUAUAUGAAGGAACUUUUUUUUUUUUUUUUUUUUUUUUAACUGUUAACUGUUAGAAACUGUUAGAAACAUUUGGAAAUGAAUCCUGAGGGCUGGAAAUAAGUUUCUUAAGAUUUAAAGUGUUAUAUGUGCAGUAAGGAAACAAGUUUCCCAGUACAAUGAAAUUCUUUCCUUGCUACAGUAAAUCUUUCUUUCUCUGCUUAUUAAAACUGGAGGGAAACUGAAGCUAUUUUUAAGUUAAAUGUUGAACAUAUUAUCACUUUAUGCUGAAAGGUCACUUGUAAGGUGUUACAUGUUAAUAAUUAAAAAAAGACCCAGAAAUUCAGAAAUUUGUACAUUUUAAACGUCAGAAAGUUUUAUUUUGUGUCUUUGCUGUGGAAACCAUUUCUCCAUUUUACUAGUGAUUCGAGUGCGAGUGUGUGAAAUUGUCAGAGAGGUUUGCUCAAGUGUGUGUGUGUGUGUGUGGUGUGUGUGUGGUUUUAAAAGGAAAAUGUUUUUUCCCCCUAACUGUUUGUGUAACGUUGAAGGCCGAAGUUAAAAAGAUACAAUCAAUACGAACAAUAGCGCAAAUGCACUUUGCUUCAAUGUGGAGAUUGAAUAUUGUCUCCGAUUUCGUUUUAACAUUCCAACCUCUGAUGUAGAAGGUGAUAUUUCACUCAUUUUUGUUGUUAAGUUAUAGUUUUAAAAAAAGGAUCUCUAAACAGUUCAUAUUAGUGGCAAGUUUUAAUUUACAGCUUUGAUUUGAAGAUAUUAUGGCUACAUUUACUAUUAAUAAUAUUCUAUAUUAGUAACAUAAACAAUCUGAUUAGUGAUCGUUUCAGAGCUACAAUUUAUUGUAACAUUAGAGUCUUAUUUUCCGAGCUUAUAUUUUUCUAUAUUUCUACAAAUCAGCUCUUUGUGGUUUUACUGUCGAUUUGUGGAAAUCCUGUGAGGUCAAAAUGACUUCUUUUUGUAAAUAUGUAAGUCUUUUUUUUUUCUGUUGAAGAAAGAUUGUUUUGCCUAAAUCUCUUACUGUAGCAUCCAAGCUAGCGUUAGUAUCUUACAUCUCAAAGGUUAUUUAUUGUUCCUGCUCCAUAUAAAUCUGUUUUCUGUGCCUCGUUGUCUUUUAGUCAUGACUCGAAUCAGACACAUGAUCAUCAGUAAGACACACUGCCUCCACACACCUCGCUCUGACUUAGUGAAGAGCUCAAAUGUUAACGUUAAUGUCUUUAUUCUGGCCAUGCAUGACUUCAUCAACGAGGUGUGUGAGUGAGAGAGAGAGAGAGAAAGAUCAGGCAGUGUGUUAAAGGUUCGAAUUAAAUACUCAACCACUUCUUUUGAUGGGUUUUUGUUGUAAACCAUUAGUUAUAAAAACAAGCCUGUAGAGCUAUUUAAAAAAAAUAAACAAUCAGUAUGUCAUUAAA